UUCACAUAUCCGCGCCGCAAUUUUUGUUCUUUGCAGAAGCCAAGCCAAAAUAAUCUUAAAUAAUAAAUGCCAUAAAACGGGCCAAGUGAAGUGUCCGCGACAUGUUGAGCUAUUUGCUGGUAGUGUGGCUUUUUUUUGCCCUAUCACAGCACCUCGGUGCCCUGGGCCAGAUCAUACCACUGCCCACUUUUUGUGUUGACCAUAGUCCGCAGUGCAAUUGUGCCGCCGAGGCGAAUGUGGUUCGGUUCCACUGUCCGGAUGAGUAUGCCAUGCUUUUGGAGGUCUCCGAACCGGGAGCAUCGCUGUACAUGAGCUACUACGCAUCAGCUAAGUUAACCUGGCUGCCGCGAUUCAAUAUCAGUUAUUUGGUGAAGAUCGAGUUCGACGCCUAUUGCUUCUGGCCGGAAACAUUUCUCGGUGAUUUACUAGAGACCAUUGGUGUUCAAAAUGUUUCGAAAAUCAUAUUCCGGGAUCGCACCGCGGAGACGGUAGCCACAAGGGAUGUACUCAACACCUCCGAUGGAUAUAUGGAAUCAUCUGUUCCCGGAAACAUUACAUCUUGGCACUUUGGUGCUGUGCCUGGACUGCAGAAGUUCAAGUUUUAUAGCAAUGUGGCGGAGUUGCAAGAAUCGAUAUUCUAUGGAUUCGACAGUCUUAACGAUCUUUUGCUCAAUGUGAAUGUGACGACUCUGCCAGGCAAUAUGCUUUCCACGGUCAAUGGAACCCUAAAAACGCUGACCAUCGAAAGUCCGGGUAUAGUGUCUUUCGGAAACUCCUUGCUUAGUGAACUGCAGCAACUGCGGAACUUGAGCCUUGUCCUAACGGAUCCAUUUCGCGUUCGCGAUAAGCAGCUGCAGCCGCACUUUUUUGGAGCCAUGAAUAACCUGAUCGAGGUGCGGUUGGCAUCCGCCACGAGUAGUGUAAAUCGGGGAAUGUUCAAGGGCACUAACAAGUUACAGUUGAUCAAAAUGAAUGGAAACGAUGAUCUGACUGGGCUACCCGCGGAAAUAUUCUUGGAUCAGGGAAAUCUUAAGGUUCUAGAUCUGUCCUGCAACGCGAUCUCCACUCUGGAUAACAAUGUCUUCAAAGGCCUGGGAAAUCUAACACUUCUGGAUCUAUCCAAAAAUAGAUUGACUGAUUUAUCAAGCGCCAUUUUCGCCCCGCUGACCUCUCUGACGGUUCUACGAUUGAAUAAAAACUCCCUGACUGCGAUGUCGCCAGGGGUGUUCCAAAAUGUUAUCAGUCUGAACAACAUUGAGAUGGUGCACACCCAGUUUUAUGGGGCCACGCUCCUUAUGAAUUAUGAGGCGGUGGUGUGCACUAAUGACGAGACCUGUCAAUACAAGUCGGCAGAUUGGCAAUGCGAUCCUCGCUGCAUUUGCUGGGUGCAGAGAGGAAUUGACAGUCUCAUUGUGGAUUGCCGUGGAAGCCAACUAGAAGAGCUGCCUGACUUACCCCACACCACACUCGUGAAGACCAUUCUCAAGGUGGGAAACAAUAGCCUCACAGCACUUCCCAUGGUUAGCGAACACAGAGGCUAUGCCAAUGUUAGCGGGCUCCUUCUGUCUGAUAACAACCUAACCACUCUGGGAUCAGGUGACCAGCUGCCCGAGAAUCUGACCCAUCUGGAUGUGAGAAGCAAUCAGAUCACAUCGAUCAGCGAAGAGUUUGUUGAGUUCCUGCAGCAAGCGAAUAACACGAUGACUCUAUCACUCUCGGGAAAUCCGAUAUCCUGCGAUUGUGAUGCCCUAUCGCUCCUGUUCUUCGUACGCACCAAUCCUCAGCGAGUAGAAGAUAUCGGGGAUGUUAUUUGCACCAAGCAGAAAAAGUUCCUUCAGCAGAUGGAAGCCUUCGAGCUGUGUCCCUCGUAUGUCCUGCUCAUUAGUUGUGUGAUCGGUGGCCUGGUGAUAGUCAUAUGCCUGAUCACCGUAUUCUAUCUGAUGUUCCAGCAGGAGGUAAAGAUUUGGUUAUACAACAAUAACCUGUGCCUGUGGUGGGUUUCCGAAGAGGAGUUGGAUAAGGACAAGACGUACGAUGCCUUCAUUUCUUACUCGCACAAGGAUGAGGAGCUGAUCAGUAAGCUUUUGCCCAAACUAGAGGGCGGUCCGCAUCCAUUCCGGAUAUGUUUACAUGAUCGCGAUUGGUUGGUGGGUGACUGCAUUCCCGAGCAGAUCGUCCGUACUGUGGAUGACUCAAAAAGGGUGAUAAUAGUAUUGUCUCAGCAUUUCAUCGAUUCGGUUUGGGCCAGAAUGGAGUUCCGAAUAGCCUACCAGGCAACAUUGCAGGACAAGCGAAAGAGAAUCAUCAUUAUUCUCUACCGGGAACUGGAGCACAUGAACGGUAUCGACAGCGAAUUGCGGGCUUACCUCAAGCUGAACACCUACCUCAAGUGGGGUGAUCCGCUGUUCUGGAGCAAGUUGUGCUAUGCGAUGCCACACAAUCGGAGGGUUCUAAAAGGACAAAAGAAGCACGCAGGUCCUCUUAUCUGACAGUUGUUUAUUUCUAUAGGUAUUUGGUAAUAUACUCAGUCAAGUCACUUCUUCUCGUGGGGUUCCCCUGGAGUUCCAAUUAGAGAGCCCAAAAGGUCUUUAUCUAAAUGUAUCUUUGUUAUUUAAAAAAGUAUUUAUACAUUUAUAAGCAAUAUAAUAUAUUAUCUAUUUUAGCAUAGAAUAUAAGUAGGUUAAGAUCAUCAUUUUUACUGGUUAUAUUUACAAAUAUUCAAAUAUUCGUUAAAAGGCAACAAAUUUGUAAAUGAAAAAAGUAAGUUUUAUUUUCUGCCAAAAGUAUUCAAUCUAAUUAUCUAUCUAAUAAAUAGGUAGUUAAUGUCAACAAGUUGCAUAUCGUUUGUUUUGUUUUGCACAAAUUCGAUAUUCUAUUUGUCGAUAGCUCUUAACUUUAGUUUAUUGUAAAACACAGCCGGUAAUUAAUACAGCCAUUUGCAUUAAUAUUUGCAACAUUUCAUCGAAGAUAAAAGCGCGUUAUUGCCAUUAAUCAAUUACCUUAAUUAAAGUGUCGAUAACUGAUAAAAGUUGAUACGAAUGAUUUUAUGACAUCUAUUAUGGGGAACACAAAUUAAUUUCUGUUAUAUCAAUGACAAAAAAAUGAAAUAAAUAUACAUACUAAUUAAAUAAGGAAUUCCGAUGAAAAUUAAUUAAGUUUUAUAAAAGUGUCAGUAAUAAGAAAAUAUAACAACAAGCCUUAGAUAUUAUACAUGUUAAAAACAAUUUAUAAGACUACAGAAAAUGAGAGUAAAGAAUAUCAAAUUAA